AUGGAUGGUCAUCGCCCCCUAGAGAAAGCGCCGCCCGCGGUCUCCUCUGCCACAAUUGCAGCAGACCUACCUGACCACUGGUUCCGAGACGGGGCAUGGCCUCGAAUGAGCCCAAGGGAGCGACAGGAACGAUUUCCUCAAUGGUUCAAAAGGCAGAGACAUAUCCGUCGUCAAGUCGACCUGCGUCUCUGCACGCUAGCGGGUCUGCUGUGUAGCCUGAAUUUGCUCGACUCCGGCAUCCUCGCAUCAGCCGCGGUGACCUCGAUGCCGGCAGAUUUGGGUCUGGACCAGGGCUCUCGAUUCUCCGUGGCCAUCUUCUCCUUCACCAUCGCCAGUGUGAUUUGCCAAUUGCCCUGUACACUCGCAGUGCGCUAUUUCGGCCCUCGGCGCUGGUUCGCUUUCACAACCGUGGUGUUCGGUCUCAUGAACAUGCUCACCGCGUUUGCGCAGCAAUGGUGGCAUGUGAUCAUCCUGCGGGUGGUUCAAGGAAUGGCCAUUGCAGGAAUGUAUCCGGGGCUGACCUAUCUGAUCAGCACGUGGUAUUUACGUCGAGAGCAGCAGCUUCGAUUUGCCAUUCUGCAGGCGGUGGAGGUGGUUCUCCUCGCUCUGGGCAAUGUACUAAACUGGAGACUGGCCGGUUUGGAUGGCGUACGAGGGUAUUCGGGUUGGCGGUGGAUGUACCUGGUGCAGGGCCCCAUCACCAUUGCGCUGGGCAUCAUCACCUAUUGGUGGAUGAUCGACUUUCCAGAAACAACCCAGCCGAGUCAAUGGUUUUUAAAUGAAGAUGACAGAAACAUUGCGGUGGCUCGCGUCAAUGACGAACGGGCUGACGCCUUUGUUGAGCCCCUGAACUGGGCCAGGGCAACAGAAUGCUUCAAGGAUGUGAAGCUUUAUGGCUUUGCAUGCUUGUACUUUCUUCUGAAUCUCGUCUCAACGGCCGUGUCGUACUUUUUGCCAACCAUACUUGAAGAUGGCCUGGGUGUUGUCGGACAAAAAGCGAUUUUGUUAUCAGUUCCGCCAUACCUCUGGGCUGCCAUCGCCGUCCUAGCAACAUCUCUCUGCGCCGAUUCCCUCAACUCCCGCGGGCCAUUCAUCUGUCUCAAUGCCCUUUGCAUCAUAUUCGGCUUCGUGAUGCUCUACGGGGCCCCUGCUAUUCCCGUCGGAGCGCGAUACGCCGGCAUGGUCAUUGCAACAGGCGGCUACGUAUCGAACUGGGCGGCGCUCAACGCAUACCAGGCCAACAACGUCAUUGGUCAGUGGAAACGAGCCAUUACAGCCGCGACGGUGGCGAUGUUCGAAGGCAUGGGCAGUGUGGCAGGCAGUUUUGUCGUCCGACAGGUAGAAGCGCCAAAGUAUCCGACGGCGUUUGGGGUAGCUCUGGGAUCUCAGCUCACGAUUGUCAUGCUCGUUGUGUUAUUUUCGAUCUAUUUUAGACGGAUGAACAACUUGGCAGACGGCGGUCGACACAUCAUGAACGUCGCUAACACAAUGUCACCUAAUCCAUCAAUGCUUCAGCCUGAAUUCCGAUAUACGACCUAG